UGGCGCAGGUUGACCUCCUCCAAUCUGUCUCGCUUGCAUGAGAGGCGGACAGGGAGCUGGCAGUUCUUACAUUCUGUGGUUUGUGUUCCAAACGAACCGAACUGCGCCCAUAGGCAAGGCACCAGCCCUGUUUGGAGCACAGGGAUUUUCUUUUUCUUUUGGAAACAAGACUUCUGACUCAUGACUCAACCUGUGUAGGGAGAUUUAGACAGUUACCAUGUUUAGUUUGAUAAAGAAAGACAAGGAGAAGGAAGGGAGCAAGAAAGACAAGAAAGAGAAGAAGGAGAGAAUGUCCGCGGCAGAGCUGCGCAGCCUGGAGGAGAUGAGCAUGAGGCGGGGUUUUUUCAAUCUUAAGAGGGAGGCUAAGCGGGAAUCCAAGCACAAAGUGGAGAUCUCCAACCCCAUUCCUAUCAAAGUGGCCAGCACCAAUGAGCUGUCUCUCACCGACAUUGAAUCGGAUGAGUUCAGCAACCGGAGCAGCAUGGUCUUGGACGAUCAGAUCAGUGUGGCAAGCUCCACUGAUGACUUGAAAGGAGAGGGAGGAGGUCAGGAUGGACAUCGCAGCUCGGUACGGGACCGCGUGGCUCACUUUGGUUCUCUCGCCAAGCAGAACUCCUCACAGAUGGGGCAGAUGAUGAAGCGUUUCUCCUUCUCCCAGAGGAGCAAGGAGGAGAGCCCGUCAGAGGGCUCCACGCCUUCUGGACAGAACUCUGCUGCUCCAUCACCGCAGGUCGAGAGCAAAGUGUUCAACAUGCUUCGCAAGCACAGCCAAAGAGUUCAACCAGAGGCGGCAGACACCAAAAAAGUUUUCAUUCCUGAACUGGUUGAUAAGAUUUUUCCUGCACCUUUGCAGCUGCCUACUGUGGUUGCACCAAGUGCCCCUGAAACGCGGGAGCUGGAGCUGCAGAGGCGCAACACUGGUGACUUUGGGUUCUCUUUGCGCCGUACCACUAUGCUAGAUCGCAGCCCUGAUGGAGGGGUCUACAGACGCGUGGUCCACUUCGCCGAGCCUGGUGCUGGCACUAAGGACUUGGCUCUCGGACUUGUGCCUGGCGACAGGCUGGUGGAGAUAAACGGACGGAAUGUGGAGAACAAGAGCCGUGACGAGAUAGUUGAGAUGAUCCGUCAGUCAGGAGACGCAGUGAGGCUGAAGGUCCAGCCCAUCCUGGAGCUGAGCGAGCUGAGCCGCUGCUGGCUGAGGAACAUCGAGGGGCUGUGCAGAGAGGCUCGACACGAAUCAGGGGAAGAGGAUCUGUUUUCUCCUUUCCAGACGUCUCAUGUCGCAGUGAAGACGGAGGAGCAGAUUACAGCAGAGCAGGCUUGGUACGGAUCAGAGAAGGUCUGGCUUGUUCACAAAGAGGGCUUCUCUCUCGCCACUGUGCUGAAGACAGAGUGUGGCUCACUCCCCGAGGGAAAGGUGAAGAUCAAGCUGGAGCAUGAUGGAACAAUACUGGAUGUGGAUGAGGAUGACAUAGAAAAGGCCAACCCACCAACAUAUGACCGCUCAGAGGACCUUGCUUCGCUCGUUUACCUAAAUGAGUCCAGCAUGAUGCACUGCCUGAGGCAGCGCUACGGAGGAAACCUCAUUCACUCCUUUGCUGGACCCAACAUGGUCGUUAUCAACCCUCUCAGUACACCUUCUAUGUAUUCCGAGAAGGUCAUGCACAUGUUCAAAGGCUGUCGGCGGGAGGACACUGCCCCUCACAUCUAUGCCGUGGCCCAGUCAGCCUACCGCAACCUGCUCACUACCCAGCAGGAUCAGUCCAUUGUGCUUCUGGGGAAGUCUGGCAGCGGUAAAACCACCAACUGCCAGCAUCUGGUCCAGUACCUGGUCUCUAUAGCUGGAAGCACGGGCAAGAUCUUCUCUGCUGAGAAGUGGCAGGCAGUCUACACAAUCCUAGAGGCCUUUGGCAACUGCUCCACAACCAUGAACAUGAACGCCAGCCGCUUCUCUCAUGUUGUGUCCCUGGACUUUGAUCAGGCUGGGCAGGUGGCUUCUGCCUCCAUCCAGACCAUGCUGCUGGACAAACUGAGGGUGAGCAGAAGACCUGAAGCAGAGUCCACCUUCAAUGUGUUUUACUAUGUGAUGGCUGGAGCUGACAGCGCUCUGAGAACCGAGUUGCACCUUAACCAGCUGAAUGAAAGCAGUGCUUUUGGGAUUCACUCACACUCCAAGACUGAAGACAAGCAGCGGGCUGUGCAGCAGUUCACCAAGCUGCAGGCGGCCAUGAAGGUGCUAGGCAUUUCUGUGGAGGAACAGAGGGCUCUCUGGCUUAUUCUAGGAGCCAUUUAUCACUUAGGGGCCGCAGGAGCCACUAAAGACGAGGAUGAAGCAGGACGCAGGCAGUUUGCCCACCAUGAAUGGGCUCAGAAGGCAGCCUACCUGCUGGGCUGCACCCUGGAUGAGUUGUCCUCUCUGAUCUUUAAGAACCAGACCCGGGGAAUGCAGCCGCUGUUCAGAGGGGGCCCGGAUGAUGCUGGUACAGGUGACAACUCAGGAUCUAAAUUCACAGCUCUGGAAUGUUUGGAGUCCAUGGCAUCAGGACUGUACUCAGAGGUCUUCACAGUGGUCAUCUCUCUCAUAAAUAGGGCUCUGAAGUCCAGUCAGCACUCCCUCUGUUCCAUUCUGAUCGUGGACACGCCGGGUUUCCAGAACCCUCGACUGGCUCAGCAGCAAAGAGGAGCUACGUUUGAGGAGCUCUGCCAUAACUACACCCAGGAGAGGCUGCAGACUCUGUUUCAUGAACGGACCUUUGUCCAGGAAUUGGAAAGAUAUAAGGAGGAAAACAUAGAGCUUGUUUUAGAUGACAUAGAGUCCAGUUCCUCCCUGUCUAUAGCCGCUAUUGAUCAAGCCCCACCACAAGCUCUGGUUCGUACUCUGGCCCGAAUGGAAGAGGCUCGAGGCCUUUUGUGGCUGAUGGAGGAGGAGGGGGUUAAACCUGGCGGAUCAGAGGAGAUCUUGCUGGAGAGACUCUUUAGCUACUACAGUUCUGGUCUGGGAGAAAACAAAGAAGCCAGUCUGUUACUGCGAGGGGAGAAGUCCCACCUCUUCCUUAUGGGCCACUGCCAUGGAACGGACUGGGUGGAGUACAACGUUCAGGGCUGGCUGGGCCAUGCUAAGAACAAUCCUGCAGCCCAGAGUGCUGCCACUCUGCUCCAGGACUCUCAGAAGAAGAACAUCAGCGGUCUGUUCCUGGGCCGGUCCAGCGGGGCCACAGUGCUGUCAGGCUCCAUUGCCGGCCUGGAGGGCAGCUCUCAGUUAGCUCUGCGCCGCGCCACCAGCAUGAGGAAAACCUUCACCACAGGCGUCGCUGCUGUCAAGAAGAAGAGUCACUGCAUCCAGGUCAAACUACAAGUGGAUGCCUUGAUUGACAUGGUGCGCCGUUCCAAGGUUCACUUCGUCCAUUGUCUGCUGCCCAAAGCAGAGUCAGUGGGGGGCAGUGACCCCCGUGUUCCUCAUGGAGAGAGCUCUGAUUCUGGGCUGAUGACUUUAGACCUGGGCCUCCUGAGAGCUCAGCUCCGGGGCUCCAAGCUGCUAGAUGCCCUGCGCAUCUACAGGCAAGGUUACCCAGACCACAUGGUGUUCUCAGAGUUCCGCAGACGCUUCGAUGUUCUAGCACCACAUCUGACCAAAAAACAUGGCCGCACCGACGUAGUCCCAGAUGAGAAGAGAGCAGUGCAGGAGCUGCUGGAGUCCCUAGAGCUGGAGAAGAGCAGCUACCACCUGGGGCUAAGCAAGGUGUUUUUCCGAGCUGGGACUUUGUCCAUGCUGGAGGAGCAGCGUGAUGUCCAGACCAGGAGGAACAUCUCUCUGUUCCAGGCUGCAUGCAGAGGCUACCUGGCCAGACAGGCAUUUAAAAAGAGGAAGAUCCAGGAUCUUGCCAUCCGGUGCAUCCAGAAGAACAUCAAGAAGAACCGCGGUGUGAAGGGCUGGCCAUGGUGGAAGCUCUUCACCACUGUUAGACCUCUGAUAGAGGUGCAGCUCACUGAGGAGCAGAUCCGUGGAAAGGAUGAGGAGAUUCAGCAGCUGAAACAGAAGCUGGAGAAGAUGGAGAAGGAGAGGAACGAGCUGAGGCUGAACAGUGACCGACUGGAGAGCAGGAUGACAGAGCUGUCCACAGAGCUAGCUGAUGAGCGGAACACGGCCGAGUCGGCCUCCCAGCUGCUGGAGGCAGAGACUUCUGAGAGGCUCCGCUUGGAGAAGGACAUGAAGGACCUGCAGACAAAGUUUGACAGCAUGAAGAAACAGACGGAGUCCAUGGAGAUGGAGGUGAUGGAGGCUCGGCUCAUCAGGGCUUCUGAACUCAAUGGAGAGAUGGAUGACGACGACACAGCAGGAGGAGAGUGGCGGUUAAAGUAUGAGCGAGCCAUCAGGGAGAUCGAGUUCACCAAGAAAAGACUGCAGCAGGAGUUUGAUGACAAGCUGGAGGUUGAACAUCAGAACAAGCGUCAGCUGGAGAGAAGGAUCAGUGACCUUCAGGCUGAUAACGAAGAGUCUCAGCGAAACAUUCAGCAGUUAAAGAAAAAGAAUCAGCGGCUAGUAGCUGAGCUGCAGGACACCAAGCUUCACCUGGAGGGCCAGCAGAGCCGCAACCAUGACCUGGAGAAGAAGCAGAGGAAGUUUGACGGUGAGCUGAGUGCAGCUCAGGACGAAGUGCAGAGGGAGAGGAGUCUGAGGGAGAAACUGGCCCGGGAGAAGGACAUGCAGAGUGGGGAGGCCUUCAGCCUCAGACAGCAGCUAGAGGAGAAGGACCUUGAAUUGCGUACAGUGAAUUUGAAGCUGGAGCAGGUUGAAGCAGAGCUACAGGAUCUUAACUCCCAGGAAUCCAAGGAUGAAGCAUCUCUUGCUAAGCUGAAGAAACAGCUUCGGGACAUGGAAGCCAAGAUCAAGGACCAGGAGGAGGAGCUGGAUGAGCAAGCUGGCACCAUCCAGAUGCUGGAGCAGGCCAAGCUGCGACUGGAGAUGGAGAUGGAACGUUUGCGUCAGACACAUUUUAAGGAGAUCGAAAGCAAGGAUGAUGAGGUGGAGGAGAUCAGGCAGUUAUGCAGUAAGAAGUUGAAGCAAAUAGAGGUCCAGCUUGAAGAAGAAUAUGAUGAAAAGCAGAAGGUGCUGAAGGAGAAGAGAGAGCUGGAGGCGAAGCUUCUGUCAGCACAGAGCAAGGUGACAAACUGUGACAUAGACACUGAGAAACGCCUGAAGAAGGACCUGAAGAGGACCAAGGCCUUGCUGGCUGAUGCCCAGAUCAUGUUGGACCACAUAAAGAACAACGCACCCAGCAAGAGAGAGAUCGCUCAGCUAAAAAACCAGCUGGAGGAGUCUGAGUUCACCUGUGCAGCUGCAGUCAAAGCUCGGAAAUGCAUGGAGGUGGAGAUAGAAGACCUGCAUGUUCAGAUGGAGGAGAUCUCUAAAGCCAAGCAGAUGCUGGAAGAACAGCAGAGCCGUCUUCAGAGAGAGAAGAACGACCUGCAGUCCAGGACGGAGGAGGACCAGGAGGACCUCAACGAGCUGAUGAAGAAACACAAGGCUGCUGUGUCCCAGUUGGCUCAGAACUUGGCUCAAAUGAACGACUUGCAGUCUCAGCUGGAGGAGGCCCUCAAGGAGAAACAGGAGGUUCAGGAAAAGAUGCAGGUCCUCCAGAGCCAGCUGGAGUUCCAGGAGCAAUCCAUGGUUGAGAAAUCUCUAGCCAAUCGUCAGGAGGCCAAGAUCCGAGAACUGGAGACCAAGAUGGAGUUUGAGAAGUCGCAGGUCAAACGACUGGAGAAUCUUGUAGCUCGUCUGAAGGAGAAUGUGGAGAAGCUGACAGAAGAGCGAGACCAGCGCAUCAGCAGCGAGAAUCGUGAGAAGGAGCAGAAUAAGCGACUGCAGAGACAGAUCCGAGACAUUAAAGAGGAAAUGGGGGAACUGGCCAAAAAAGAAGCAGAGGCAAGCCACAAGAAACACGAGCUGGAGAUGGACAUUGAGAGCCUAGAGGCUUCAAACCAGAGCCUGCAGGCGGACCUCAAGCUGGCCUUCAAAAGGAUAGGUGACCUUCAGGCGGCCAUCGAGGACGAGAUGGAGAGUGAUGACAACGAAGACCUUAUAAACAGUUUGCAGGAUAUGGUGGCAAAGUACCAGAAAAGAAGGAACCGAAUUCAGGGAAACUCAGACACAGACUCUGAAGUGGAGGACCGUGUGGAUGGAGUGAAGUCCUGGUUGUCCAAAAAUGAUGGCACUGUCAAGAACCUGUCAGAUGAGGACAGCUCCCCCAUCCGAAGACGCUCCCACUACGACAGGUCUGAUGAGGAAGAGGAAGAAGUGAAAGAGGGCGGUCCGGGGACAACCAGCUCGUCCCGCUCCAGAUACAGAUACAGCAGUCAUUUGAAAGAUGACGAUGAUGAUGAUGAGGAGGUGUCAUAGUGCACUCAGUCAGAUUUAACACUUUGCUUUGCAUGCAGAAUUGCAGUGUUGGACAAUCAUGCACAACAGUAAUGCAGUGGUCUGCUCCACCAGACACCUGGAGUCAGAGCAGUGGAUGCUGGUAGCUGCUUGAACUGCAGACUCUGCCACACACAAGCUCUUCAUCCACAUUUCACACCUUCAACACCAAAAUCCUACGGCUUUCCAUGUAUUGCCAAAAAGCAUUAGCUAGCAGUACAUGUGUACACUCUGCAACCGUUUAACAAUGAAUGCUUAGACCUAAGAAAAGCACCAGCAUCCGUUCCUUCUUUCUCUGAACAAGUGCCGUUUUAAGAAGCAGCUGCUGCACUGUAAAUCCAUGACGCUCAUCAUCAUGUGCUUAUUAUAGUCUCAUAAAGUCUGCUCUUUAUUUUCCUGCAGUAUGCUCCCCAUGCUGUACUCCUCCCAAAGAGAGAAGAGUGCAUCACUCGGAUGCUACAAGGAUCUUUUUUUUUUUCUCCUGAAAACUUUAACAGUUUGAAGUUAACUUGAAUUUCCUAAGUAAAUACCAGAUUAAAACACAGCGGCUUUGUUGUUGCAUUUGCUAUUUACACACAGUUUUAACUUUGAUGUAGUUUCCUUCUUUAUGGAAUCCAGCUGAUAUUGCACCAUUUUAUUUUUUAUAUUAUUGUUUCCCCAGAAUUAGUUGACAUGCUGAAAAUGCCGUUUUUAAGAAAAUGUUUUAGUUUUCAGGGACCAAUUUUUUGUUUUGAUUCCUUUGCUAAUAAGCAAUAAUACAACCCAGGUGUGAAAGCAAAAUAUUAUUUUUUUCUUUUUUUUUAAACUAAGAAUUGAUGAAGUUUAGUCUGGAUGGGACACCAUGAAACACUCAUUAUCUGCAGCAGCAACAAGGCUCACCAUGACUGGUUUUCCUCUGGUGCUUCUUCACAUGAACACCCUCACCUCCACACACAGCCAUGGAACAGCUUGUAGUUGCCAGGGCAGCUAGUUAAGCUCUAUGGCAACCUGUCACCAUGUGGGUGCAGCAGCAGUCUGGCAGUGUGCAUGUGCUACCAACCACAUAGCAUGCUAGUGUUACUCAGACUGUUUAACUUCCUGAAUAGUUCAAGUGAAAUCCCAUUCUAAGACAUUUAUCAUUUGCUCAGUAAAAUGGACUAAUUCAGGAAUUAGACCAACAUAAAAAAUCCCAGUAAGAUCCUGUUUUAUGUUCCAGUGUGUUUGAAUGAGCUGAACGGCCCUUUGAGUUACAUUCAAAACUAGUAACCAGAAAAGCUUCUUAAAACACUCACAGGCCUGCAACGGCCUCAUUCAUAUGGUGACGUCAUUGCUGGAAGCACUGAUCUGCACAGAGAACAUGUUCCCAUCCUGGUAACCACUACUUCAUCACAUGACCUGUUCCAGAUGGUACUUCCUGAUUCUUACAUCGUUUUAGCUUCACAUUUCUGCUGUGUGUGUGUGUGUGUGAGUGUGUGUGAAUGAAUUACACAUUACCGCACCUGCUUUACUGCUUUCAUAGUGAUGUAUUUGAAACUGCCUAUGAACUACUUAAUUUAACUUAAAAAAAACAAAAACUUAUUGAUGUCAUCAUUCUGCUGACUCAGCAACAUGACUGAGUCAGAGUUGUAUAUUGAAAUGGUGUAAAUGUGUAAUAAGAAAACGGGAUGUAAAUUGUUGAAAGGAUUAAUGAGACACUGGAAAAUAUUUAGAGUACAGAGCUGGAGUGUCCAGGCUGGUGGUGGGAGGCUGAGGCAGAGCGGUCCGGUCACUCUCUCUCUCUCUGACCAGGAGGCAGACCCACUGCUCCCACUAGAGGCAUCAUGUUUGGAUCUUUUAUUGGUUCUGGCGUCGAUGAUCCACACGUCUCCAUUGUUCCUAACUAACCCACAGCCUGUGGAACCAAGAUCAUGCUUAAGCCGUUUGGUGGAGUUGUCUACCGUGUCACAUUUAGCUCAUUUUAAUUUGAGCAACAAGAAAAUCUGUUCUGAAAUCUGAACAUGUUCAGUUACUAGACGUGGUAAUGAGUUUCAGUGUGAGAGUCGUUUUGGGUCAAAGGUGACUGCAUGUCUGUCUGAGAGCUUUGGGUGGAAUUUCACAAUGUGGGAUUUUUGGAAGCUUUUUUAAUAUAUCUGAUAUCGACACAAAAGUGAACGUAUUUUUACUGACAUACACCUCUUUUUUUUUGGCUAACCCCUUAUUCACUGUAUUUAUAUACAAAACAUGUAGGAUUCAUUUUAGCUUUGGAAAACUCUUGUUUCUUUUCUUCACUGAAAAACUGACCACUUGUUAAUUUUAUCUUUGCAAUAUUGUAAAUAAAUUCUAGUUAUUGACUUGAA